GGGUCACAGGAUUUAACGGGUGACAGUUUUCUCUGUAACACCUGCUGCAACAAUCCAACCGACAACAGGACGUUAAACUGUCCGUUAAUGAACCACCGAACCGGCUAUAAACAGACACAGUUAACGGUUAUUUAACGGUUGUUAAACGGUUAUUUAACGGGUAUUUAACGGUUAUUUAACGGUUUCAUCCCUCCGGAGAAGCACCGAAACUCUCCCGUGAUUUGUUCCGUUGUUUACUCCGGUACCGUUGUUUAGAAGUUCCUCCGAGCCUCGUGUUGUUACAGGAAGUGUUCUGGGUGUUUCCAGCUGAUCCACCAGGAGGACCGGAGUCUCCCUCCGCAGACCGACCACAGACCGACCGGCUCAGACCCGGUACAGACCCGGUGCCGGACCUGGUACCGGACCGGACGGAUCUCUACCGGGACUAUCAGAGGGAAGACCCGAGGGGGGCGGGGGGGUCCGCGGCUCGGUGUCCCCCCUGUCUGUCCUCGGUGCCGGGCCUCGGUCCGUCGGUAGUGGAUCCGGACUGUCAUGGUCCCAGCAGCGCGGAGAUGGCGUCCUUCCCCGGUUCGUGUCAGGCCGUCGGGCCCGCGGAGGAGACCGGAGAACCGGACGGCUCUCUGAUCCAGAUGCUGAAGGCCAUCAGCGACGAGAGGAGCCGGCUGAAUGUCCGCCAGGAGAUCAGCGGCCUGGGCUGUUUUAAGGACGACCGCAUCGUGUUUUGGACCUGGAUGUUCUCGACGUAUUUCAUGGAGAAGUUCGCUCCUCGUCAGGACGACAUGUUGUUCUACGUCCGCAGGAAGCUCGCCUACGUCAGCGCCGACAACACCGAGGGCAAGAAGGUGGAGGUGGAGGUCUACAGGAGGGACUCCAAGAAGCUGCCGGGCCUCGGGGACCCCGACAUCGACUGGGAGGAGAGCGUGUACCUCAACCUCAUCCUGCAGAAGCUGGACUACGUGGUGACAUGUGCGGUCUGCACGCGCUCAGACGCCGGAGACAUCCACAUCCACAAGAAGAAGUGUCAGGAAGUGUUCGCGUCUCCCAGCAAACACGCCAUGGACAGCAAGGGGGAGGAGUCUAAGAUGAGCUACCCAAACAUCUUCUUCAUGAUCGACAACUUCGAGGAGGUGUUCAGCGACAUGACGGUGGGCGAGGGAGAGAUGGUGUGUGUGGAGCUGGUGGCGAGCGACAAGAGCAACACGUUCCAGGGCGUCAUCUUCCAGGGAUCCAUCCGCUACGAGGCGCUGAAGAAGGUCUACGACAACCGGGUGAGCGUGGCGGCUAAGAUGGCCCAGCGAAUGUCUUUCGGCUUCUAUAAAUACAACAACAUGGAGUUUGUGCGUAUGAAAGGUCCGCAGGGCAAAGGUCACGCUGAGAUGGCGGUGAGCAGGGUGCCGACCGGAGACACGUCGCCCUGCGGCACCGAGGAGGACGGCGUGUCCCCCAUGCACGAGAGGGUGACGUCGUUCAGCACGCCUCCGACCCCGGAGAGGAACCGUCCGUCUUUCUUCUCUCCGUCUCUGAGACGUAAAGUUCCCAGAAACCGGAUCGCGGAGAUGAAGAAGUCUCACUCUGCCAACGACAGCGAGGAGUUCUUCAGGGAGGAGGACGACGAAGACCUUCACACCACCUCCAACCUGCGAUCUCGCUCUCUCUCCGGGACCGGACGCUCUCUGGUCGGCUCCUGGCUCAAACUCAACCGGACAGAAGAUUUCUUCCUGCUCUACUCACACCUGACCUACGUCACCCUGCCGCUGCACCGCAUCACCACAGACAUCCUGGAGGUGAGGCAGAAGCCGAUCCUGAUGACAUAGCAGCAGAGCUGGACUCCCUCAGAGCAUCACAACCAAGUGCCUCCUGACACAGCAGCGCCCCCCGGUGUCCACACUGAGACACAGCAGCAGCGCCCCCCGGUGUCCACACUGAGACACAGCAGCAGCGCCCCCGGUGUCCACACUGAGACACAGCAGCAGCAGCAGCGCCCCCCGGUGUCCACACUGAGACACAGCAGCAGCGCCCCCGGUGUCCACACUGAGACACAGCAGCAGCGCCCCCGGUGUCCACACUGAGACACAGCAGCAGCAGCAGCGCCCCCCGGUGUCCACAUUUGAGACCAACAACCAAACAUCAGCUUCAGAGGACACCGCCAGAAACAAACAAACAAACAAAUAAACCAGCCAUUCAGGAAGUGCCUCUUCCCCCUCCUCCUUUCCGUCCCUGCUGUGUCCAGCAAGGUCGUCUCCGUGGAAACGGGCCGGCGUCCGUCGGGAUCACAUGACGACCUCAGUGUGAAACAAAGGCUUUGGCUGAAACUCUGACAGGAAGUGAAGAAUGUGUGAUUUUCCUGUAAAUAUCCUGCUGCUUUUCCUCACUGAGACGCCUCGACUCACCACGGCUCUGCUUCUCACCACACUCUUCUGUUUCUGUUCCACUUUUUAACGGAUCCACCACCACAGGAAGUGAUGUCAGAGGGACGGCGAGGCUCAGUCCCGCCGACACGUUUAUAACACGACGAGUCACUCUUCGGUUCACUCUGAUAUAUAAAAACUCUGACUUCACGUCGAUUAUUUUGUCAGAAAAAACUUUUCAAAAGUGCUGAAAUACCAACAAGAAGCACAGCUGAGAGCCUGUACCAGCAGUUAUUAACUAUUUCUACGUGUUUCAUGUUUAAUCGCAGCAUAUUAAUCAUUUUUGCUUAAUUAAAUCAUAAAUUAAUGGCUAA